UGAAUUUAAAUGAUAUGUAUUUAUAUAGUUUGUAUUAAAUACUUUGUCAGCUUCAUUCAUUUGCCAUGAAGAAAAAAAUAGGUGAUGUCCAUAAUCAGGAUAAUGGUUUGAAUAUAGAAUUAAAAGAUAGUGGAGAUGAAGAAAAUUCAGAAGGAAAAAUAUUUAAACGAAAAUAUUUCAAAUAUAAAACAUUUAUUGAACCUGCUUGUCCUGAUUUCCGUCCUGAAUCACAAACAAUAGUGUUAUCUAAAGAUUACAAUCCAUUAGCUUCAUUAAAUCAAUUAGAGUCACUUAUUUCUUUCACUGCUCAAACAUCAUCUUCAGUAUCACCAUUUGAUACUCAGUUGAAACAAGAGAAAAAUUUAAAUCAUAUUUAUCAUCAUUUCAAGAGCCGUGAUAUGAUGGUGUUUGGUUGUCUUAUUGUGGAAAUUGCAUUAGCUCCAAAACUUAGAGUUAUACCAAGAAAUAUGACAUUAGAAGAACGUUAUAAUAUUAUAAUUAAACUGCUAAAAACUGAUUUUCAUGAAGUUCCCAGAUGCUUUCAAGAAGCUUUGAAAUUACUACUACAAAUUGAUUUUUCAAAUAAAGAAGCAAAUGGAAAAGUUUUGCUUCCUUCUCAAUAUCCACCUGUAACUUUUAGAGGAUUACCUCCUCCAUCUGCUCAUCAAUUACUUCAACCACUAAUUCAUAUUCUCCCAUUUCCUUCAUAUUUUCCAGAACUUUAUAGCUUUAUUCAACAAAUGAACCAUUAUUCUGUUUGUCUAGAAGACAUAAAAAAUAAUUUUAUUUUAGAAAAUAAACAUGAUAAAAUUAAUAAUUUAGUAAUGGCAAAAAUUAAUCUUGCAAUGAAUACUUUACCUUCUUUAUUAAAUAAACUAAAUGCAGAAGGACUUGAUUUAUUAACUCCAUAUCUUCAAGACCUUUUUGAAUGUCCUGAUACAGCUUUACUUGCAGCGUGGCAUUUGUUUAAUAUAGUAGCACAAGCACUGGGCCCACAACAAACUGUUCGAAAACUAUUAGUUACAAUUAUUCAUUUAUUUGAUCCUGAAGUGCCUUCACCAAAACACUUAAAAUUGUAUCAUCGUUCUUAUUUACUACAAUUGAUGGUUAGGCUUGGACUCCUUACAUUUCUUGCACAUUUCAUGACUUUAAUUAUAGAAGCAACUGGUGGAUUUAGAGAUUUUUCAUCAAAUCAUAGUCCAAGUGCUGCACAUACAGAUACGUCCGAUUCCACUAUAAGAAAAGGUUCUCAUUUACACUCUCCAGAAUUAGAACAAUUGGUACAUGAUGUUGAAAUUGAUGAUAGUUCAUGUCUUCCUGAAACUGUUUCUUCUCCUUAUGAUGAUGAUUCUUCACAAACAGAUCUUUUAAGUAAUCGUAGUGGAAAGAAUAGUGGUAAUGGAACUGAUGGAGAACCAGAAAUCUUUAUAUUAGAAACUGCUGGAGAUGAUGAUGAUGACAGUGAAUUAAUAAGGAACGAAGAAAAUAAGGAACAAGACAAAGAAGAAUCUGAAAAAGUUGAUAGAAGUUUAUCAUUUUUAGAAACAACAUUAGAUCAUGAAAAAUGGACUGAAGAUUCUACAGAACAGCAAAGAGCUGCUGAUGAACAUUUUGAUGAACCUGAAUUAGAAAUUGAUCUACCAGAUGAACCUGAGGAAGAACAUGGAAUUGAUAUACCAGGACUUAAUUCAAAUCUUAAUACUUCACCAUCACCAAUGUUUUCCUCUUCUGUACCUAAUCUUCCAUCCCAAGUAACUCAAUGGUCACUUACAGAAAUUAAAAAGAAAUCAAAAUUAAAUCCAAUUGAAGAUGAAUGUGGAAAUGUUUCUCAAAAAGCAUUUAAUUCAAAUAAAUCAAAGAAUAAGUCAGAGUCUGAAAUUAAUAUUUCAGAUGUAGCAGCUGAAAGUGUUAUUUGGCUUGCUCAUAGACUUGGCCCAGUUUUAACUGCAAAAUAUUUGACAAGAAAUCUUUUACGUAUGCUGUCAUUAUGUUAUAAUGGACAUGAACAUCUGAAUAUUGUCUCCCAACCUCCUGAAGGAAACAGUGAAAAUAUAAGUAUAAGUCAAAGAUGGGUUGCUGGUGAUGAAAAUGCAUCCAAAGUCUUAGAAAGUCUCUCAAGUAUUGCUGCUUUAUAUGGAGAGCAAUUUAUUUUACUACAAUAUUUACCACAUGUUUCAGAAUUGUUUUUUCAACAAAUUUCCCGUGANGAUGCAACUUUAAUGGAUAAUCUUCAGGAUUUACUUAUAAAAGGAAUUUUGUAUCCUAUUGUUCGGCUUAUUUCAUCAUUUCGACAAACAUUUCCUCAUGGAAAGCAUUCUCGUUCUGUCAUUGCUUGGAAGCUUAUUGAUACCAUUUAUCUGAUCAGUUUAAGAAUUGGAUUUGAAAUGACUCGGAAACAUUUAUCUACAUUAUUGCAACGAUUUUUUUCUUGCUUUGAUAAAGCAUAUGAAAACCAUCCAUUUGCUGGCAAAAAAUCUACAAGAUUUGAGGGAAUGGAUGGAACUGAAGGUACUACCCCACAUUCUAUAGAUGACUACCUUGAAAUCAAGAAGAAUUGUGAAACCAAUGAAUAUGUUAUAGGCACACCAGUGAAAAUAUCUAGUGUAUUACUUCACAACAAAGCUUCGCUUGAUAGCCUGUCUCCUCCUAUGUCAGAUCAAAAAGGUAAUCCAAUUAAAGAAAAAGCUCUUGAAGAAAUUAAACAUGUAUUUACUCCAGAAUUAGCAUAUGUUUCUUAUAUUCAUUUCUGUAAACUUGCUGGAGGCAUACAUAUGGAACAAACAUUAAAAAAUGAAGAGUUGAUAAGACAUUUAUGUGCAACACAUGAUAGUAAUUUGGAGCGUAUCUUUCAUCCUCAGAAAGAUUUUUGCUUAGAAGGAUCAGAUGUUUCAAUGAAAUCACAUCAACGUGCACCAUCAUUAGGGCAAGAUGAUACUAUUGUUAGUGGAGAAUUUGGCAAAAAUGUUGCUGUAGUUGGUAAUAGAAUUGAUAUACAUUCUUGUGAAGACAAUUUACCAACUAACGAAAAAGGAAUUAUAAAUGCCUCUCAGUUUGAAGGGAGCAAAUUAACAGACAUUCCCAAAUAUGAUAUUGAUUUGUUAAGAAGACGUAUGGACAAUAAUCAUAGACAUCUGAAAGGUAAUUGGCUACUUUAUUGGGAACAUGAAAUAGGCCGAAGCGAUAAAGAUUAUCAUUUUAAUUUUAAACAAAUAAAAUUACAAUCUUUUAUAGGUCAUACAGGAAGUAUUCGAACAAUACAUGUACUUGAUAAUGAAAACUCUUUCUUGACUGGUAGUAAAGAUAAAACAGUAAAACUUUGGUCUCUUCGAAGUUGUGGUAAUGGUUCUACUCAGACAUCCUCUCAAUGGACAUAUACACAUCAUAGGAAGUCUGUUUUUGCAGUUGCUUUUCUUGACUCUCUUCGAUUAGUAGGAUCCUGUGAUAGUACUGUCCAUGUUUGGGAUCCAUUUGUUGGAUCUUGUAUUCAACAAUUAGAUUCAUCAAAAGGAAGUAUUGUUACUGUUCUAACAGCAAUGCCAUCCCCAAGUUCAUCUUUUAUUGCAGCAACAACAAGUUCUACAAUCAGAUUUUUAGAUGCUCGUACUUGUCGAUAUAUGCAUGAAUACAAAGUCAGUACAGGCCCAGCUGGUUUAAUACGCUGUGUUAGUGUAAGUCCAAAUGGUUAUUGGCUUGCAGUAGGUCAUUCUUCAGGAAUUAUUUCAGUUCUCGAUGUAAGGAGUGGACUGUUAUUUGAGUCAUGGAUGGGACAUGAAGGAGAAAUUCUUAAUUUAAAAGCCUUCAACAAUACUUGUUUUGUGUCAACUUCCUUAGAUCAUAGUGUUUCUGUUUGGAAUGCUGAAGAAGCAAAACUCAAAUGUUAUCUUAGAGGAAUUAUUUCAGUUCUCGAUGUAAGGAGUGGACUGUUAUUUGAGUCAUGGAUGGGACAUGAAGGAGAAAUUCUUAAUUUAAAAGCCUUCAACAAUACUUGUUUUGUGUCAACUUCCUUAGAUCAUAGUGUUUCUGUUUGGAAUGCUGAAGAAGCAAAACUCAAAUGUUAUCUUAGAGGGCCUAUAGAACCAGUUACUUGUUUAGCAUUUCAUCGAGGUGAAGUUAUCACAGGAACUACAGCUAAUAAAAUAGGAGUUCAUUCAUCAAUCGAAAAUCAAUGUUCUUUCACCAGUACUCGACUACGUUCUGAUACAUUUAAAGGUCUUCUAACUUCAAUGGCCCUAUUACCUUUAAACAGAUUACUACUACUUGGAGCAGAUAAUGGGGGUGUUUCAUUACUUUGUUAAAAUAUAUAUAUAUAUAGAUUAUUUGUAUUGUGUAUAUAUUUAUAUAUAUAAAUAUAUAAUGUAUAAUGUAUUAUUAUUGGUAAAGGAAAUAUUUAUGAUAUAUUUAAAAUUGAAAAUAUCUUCUCUGUAUAUAAGAUAAAAUAUUUUUAAAUUAUUUAUUGAUAUUAGUAUUUGUUUCAUCAAUUAGUCAGUGUUUACAAUAGAGCAUGUAAACUUUCUGAAGUUAUUUUUGUACAUAAAAUGCAUAAAUAAUAAUUAGUAUAUUUAUUUUAUUUUUUUCUAAUUUAUUGAAAACUGAUUGCAUUAUUAAAUUCUGAUAUCAAAAUUCUGUAUAA